UGUACCUACGUUACGAAGGUACUCUUAUAGUUAGUUGGAAUGUAUAACGACGCCGCGUCGGUUAUAGUUCCGUAUACCCGUAAAAUCUAAUGGAAAAGCCAAAAUUUAACAAAUUUUAAUUUUCAAAUUGUGUACGCGUGUGCGAUUAAUCCGGAUCUAAUAUCCGAGAAUAUAUUCAUUCGAAUCUGUGAAGCUUGAAAGUAAUUUAAUGAAUGUGCACUUGCAUAUGUCGUGUAUCUGUAUCUUAUCCGAAAUUUCCAUUCAAACGGUAUACGAAAUAUAUAAAACCCCUUUUGUGAGCUUUGAUUAAGUGUUAUUAAUUCAACACACACUGAAUAUUCGGGUGGUGGUGAUAUGAAGGCGCACAGCUUACUUAUAUGCAAGAACUUACACCCACUCAAGUUUAUUCAAUUUAUUUGAUGAAAAAAACAUAUCUACCAAAAAAUAAGAAGAACAAAACUUGUGCAAAAUUGAAAAACUAACUCCAAUGCGAAAUGGCAUGCUUCCCGAGAAUACUUAAGAAGAAAGAUGGAUUCUAUCCAAGGAGCCAGAUGAACUUCUUAAAUGAAACUUCUACUUCAUCAAGAAGUGAUAAUCCUGAGAAAUAUACACGACGAGAAGAGCCAUCUCUUGUUUACGAAAAUGGAAACAGAAUGACAAAAGAGAGUGGCUUUUUGGAUGAUAAUGAUAAACUUGCAACUACCAUGAUAAGGGAUUCAGGCGUUCAAAUUGAGGAUACAUUCGAGGAGGCAAAAGAAAAUGCAGUUGAUGCUUCCAGCCGUGCCGCAGGUGGAGUUAUGUUCUCCAGGCCAAAGUUAUCAAACAAGAAACCCAUAAGCAUUGAAGUAUUUAGAAAGAACGAAUCGGCCCGUAAUCUGAUACGAACUGCCAUCGAGAAGAACGACUUUCUCAACAAUUACAUGGACAAAGACCGAAAGGAGAUGGUAAUUGAUGCCAUGCAACCGGCUUCUUACGACGAAGGCAGCUACAUAAUCCGAGAGAACGAAGAGGGCUCUGAAAUCUUCGUUUCCGAGGAAGGAUAUUAUGAUGUUAUUAAGUCGGGCAAUAUAAUUGGCACCAUUGGACCGGGCACUGUUUUCGGCGAAUUGGCAAUUCUCUAUAGUGCGAAAAGAUUUGCCUCCAUAAAGACUGUUACCAGAGCUAAAGUGUGGAAAAUCGAUAGGUUAAAGUUUCGCAAUAUAAUGCUUGUCUCCGGGUAUAAGGAGAAGGAAGAGUAUUUGCAGUUCCUUAAGUCGUCACCCAUACUCAAAGACCUCUCGCAAGAUGUUCUCUGCAAACUUGUCGAUAUUCUCAAAAGGAGAUUUUAUCCUGGAAAUACGUGCAUAGUGCGUGAGGGUGAAGUUGGUAACGAGUUCUUCAUUAUCAGAGGUGGAACGGUUACAAUUAAGAAGAUUCAGGCGGAUGGCACUGAAAAAAUCGUGGCCCACCGAAAACGGGGUGAUUAUUUCGGAGAGCAUGCAAUCCUCAAUGCUGAUGUUCGCCAAGCCAGUGUCUAUGCAGAUCCUCCAGUGACCGAAUGUCUAAAACUAGAUCGAGAAACUGUGAUAAGUUACUUGGGCACCAUACCACAGCUGCGGGAAACACUUGACAAGACUCCUGCGCAGGAGCGAUUCUCAUCUGGUAGACGCUCGGAGUUCGAGAGAACUUAUGCUGGAAUAGAGUUGAGUGAUUUGCGGAAAAUAGCUACAUUGGGAGCUGGAGCGUUUGGACGGGUGGAUUUGGUCCAGCACAGAAGUGAUGGACGGACGUUUGCAUUGAAAAUUUUAAGAAAAGUUGAUGUCAUAAAACAGGACCAAGUCGAGCAUGUUUACAGCGAGAAACAAGUCAUGAUGAUGUGCAGAGGAAGUCCGUUUAUUGUUGAAUUGUAUAAAACAUUUCGCAACGACAAAUACGUCUACUUCCUCAUUGAAGCAUGCCUCGGCGGCGAUGUUUGGACGAUAAUGUCAAAAAGAAAAUAUUUCGAUGAAAGGACUGCUCGUUUCAUUGCCGGAUGUGUUGUGGAAGCCUUCGAAUACUUGCACAGCCGAAAUAUAAUAUAUCGUGAUUUAAAACCUGAGAAUCUGAUGCUCACCACCGAUGGAUAUUGCAAGCUUGUUGAUUUUGGUUUUGCUAAACGAAUUCUAGAAUGUCACAAAACAAACACAUUCGCUGGCACACCCGAAUACGUGGCGCCCGAAAUCAUUUUAGAUCGAGGACAUGACAAAUCAGUUGACUAUUGGGCUUUGGGAAUUCUUAUAUUCGAAUUGCUAGUUGGUAAAUCACCAUUUCGUGGUCAGAAUCAAAUCAAAAUCUAUCAGCAGAUAUUGGGCGGAAUCGAUGUCAUCCAGAUGCCAUCGAAAAUACCAAAAACCGCACAAGGUCUUAUCAAACAGCUAUGCAAACAAAUGCCUGCAGAACGUUUGGGCUAUCAACGCAAAGGUAUCCUUGAUAUAAAACGUCAUGGCUGGUUCGAUGGAUUUGAUUGGAAGAGGCUUAAAGCCAAAACAUUACCCUCGCCUAUACAACGACCUAUUAGCAGUAAUAUGGAUUUGCAGUACUUUGAACCGUGUGGGGCAGAAAAUGAUGAGCCACCUGAUGAAAAUAGUGGUUGGGAUGUUGAUUUUUAAGGGAAUCCAUAUUGUGUUUGAGCCAUUUAAUGCAUUUAGAGAAUUAUAUAUUUUCACCCAUAUUGAUUAUGAUCUUAAUAUUUUAUGGAUAUCUCAAUUUUUGUUAAGUCCUAGAAAGAAACUUUGUAAAUACAUAAAAAAAAGAA